AUGCUCUACGAGCUUCGUGACAUUGCAUGUUGUGCUUACGUGUCUCUCCGUUGGUGGAAUACAAUGAAUAAUUUUGAAGACAAUCAUCAGAAAGUCCCACCAUCAUAUGGUUUGUUGUUACAACAUUUUGAAAAGUCUCCUUUGUUCUUUCAUUUAGAAACUCAGGCAGCAAUCGACUCAAACACAAAUAUCGGUGGGCCUUUUCCACCAUUUCCACAACCACCUAGUAACCCUGCAUAUAUACCACAAAUUGUCAAUCCUACAUUAUCAAAUUCUUCUACGAUGCACCCAAACCCACAAGCUGUUAUUGUCGGUGUACCAGUUCAUGGACGAUAUGGCUAUCCAAUGAUUUUCCCGAAUGCUGCGCAAAACCGUACCAUUUUAAUAACAUUCAUAGUUUUUGUGGUACUGUCAGUUACCGCGUUUGCAAUUUUUUGUGUUGUGAUAAUGAAAUGAACAUCGUGUGGUGGAAAGAAGGCAUCUUUUGCCGCAGAUGCAUACCCAACUCCAACUGCACAGUGUUAUGAUAUGAAGAUUUGA